AUGGAGAUUCGGCCGGACCUCGAGGCAACCAGAAUGUUUCAACCUCCACCAAACGUCCACCAUCUCUUCCACCAAGUGAUGGUGGUGUAUCAUACCUAAAAGCGAUAUCAACUUAGCGUUCUUACGAGGUAACUCCAGCCUCUUCAGUCUUGGCGCCGGAAUUGCGGUCUUGGCGGCGGUUACGUAUGAACCCUUCCAAAUUUCAGUGAAUACAUUUUCAAAUGCGCUUUCCGAUAUUUAGGGCCUGUAAAUAUGCAAUGAAGCUCGGAAAAUGCCUUCAUACGGGAAUUCCCCUACGCGUGGGGAGACUGCCCGCAGGGUCGAGUUAUCCCAUUUGGUAUUCAGUCCCAAUCCGUAUGGCCUUUCGAUCACCGAAAUUACUUUUCCUGCUACCCCCAUGUCAAAGAGAGGCAAGGCGAAUACGGAGGUUUUUUUCGAUGCAUUGGAUAAUCCAUUUUAUGGACCGACGAAUCCUCCUGGGCCUCCGGAUGAGACUGAAGAGCAGAGGACCAAGCGCGAGAAGGAAUCCCAAGAUGCUCAAAAGGUCUCGCGCCAGAUCGACGAGCAUCUGCUGGAGACGAAGAAGGCAAUGGAGAAAAAGAAAAGGGCGGUAAAGAUGUUGCUGUUGGGUCAAGCCGAGUCCGGAAAAAGCACAUUACUGAAGAACUUUCAGCUUGCGUUUACUCCCAUUCAAUUCAGAAAGGAGCAGGGAAUAUGGAAGAGAAUAGUUCAGCUGAAUCUCAUAAACUCUAUAAAAAUAAUCCUUGAUGCUCUACAAAGCGAAUGGAUCCCCGAUAGCACACUUCCAACGUCCCUUGGCAAAAAGCACCGACUUCUACAUUUGCGACUGUCACCUUUGUUCGCAUAUGAGACUGCUUUCAAUGAGAUACUCUCCCUGAAUCCCGAAGCACGAGAUGUCUGUGUACGAGCCGGGAGCGGGUGGAAAUCCACGCUAAGUGGGGACCCUCCGCGAAGCUCAUUGGACUGUCCUCGAGGCCGAGACCUGCUCGUCAAGAACGACCCUACACAAGUGCUGGAAGCAUCUGUGGACGAUAUACUCUCUCUGUGGAACGAUCCUGCAGUACAAGACGUCUUACACUCAUCUGGGAUCCGCCUCCAGGAUUCUUCAGGAUUCUUUCUAGAUGAUGUAUCGAGGGUUACGAGGAGGGAUUACAUGCCAACGGAAUCGGAUAUCGUACGGGCAAGAGUCAGAACUAUCGGUGUUGAAGAGCACCAUUUCGUCACUGAAUCAGGCACGCAGAAAGGAUCCGAGUUCUUCAUUGCAGAUGUCGGCGGGAGUCGGUCAUCGCGUCCAUCAUGGAUACCCUACUUUGAUGACGUGGAUGCUAUUCUGUUUCUGGCGCCGCUGGCUUUUAAUUUGUCUUUGGAGGAGGAUCCUCGGGUUAAUCGCCUAGAAGAUAGCCUACAACUAUGGCGGGCGAUAUGUGAGAACAAGCUUUUAGCAAAUUGUACAUUGAUCCUAUUCCUUAAUAAGAAAGAUAUUCUUGCGAAGACAUUAGCGUCGGGAGUUUCGGUUAAACAAUACGUAACAAGUUACAACGACCCGAAUGACGUUCGUCACGUAACCAAGUACUUCAAAGACAGGUUUAGGAAUUAUCACAGAAAGUUAUCUUUGCAUCCUCGGUCUUUCAUAUCCUAUGAAACAUCUGCUAUUGACACGCGCGCGACUCAGGCUGUUGUACUAGCAGUCCAUGAUAGCAUCAUCAGAAGAAACCUCGCGAAAAGCGAAUUGAUAUAAUACGAUCCAUCAUAUACCAUACCAGGCAUUGAAUAUCAGAUUUUCCAUUCAUUAUAUAUCAGGCCCAAAUUGGCCGUCGCAUUUCGGGAUCCCUGGGACUUCCCCUCAUUGAUGGAAGUAUAUCGCGGUUCGUUCGCUUUGA